GCCACGUCACCGAGUCUAACUGUAGUGCUGUCUGCAAAGUUGGUGCCGACUUGAGCAAUUUUGCAAAGUUGGGAAUCGGCGAAAGAUGAACGCGUUCAGACUGUCCGGGGACCUGUCCCAUUUACUGGCCAUUCUUAUCCUCCUGGGGAAAAUGUGGAAAUCCAAAUCCUGCGCUGGUAUUUCUGGGAAGAGUCAGCUUCUCUUUGCUCUGGUGUUUACGACACGUUACUUGGAUUUAUUCACUACAUUCAUCUCAGUCUACAACACCACCAUGAAGAUCAUAUUUCUGCUCUGUAUCUACGUGACUGUUUACCUGAUCUACAUCAAAUACAGCUCCACCUUUGACCGGGAGAAUGAUACAUUCCGCGUGGAGUUUGUCCUGGUCCCUGUCGCUGGUCUCUCCUUCCUUGUCAACCAUGACUACACUCCAUUGGAGAUUCUUUGGACCUUCUCCAUUUAUCUGGAAUCCGUUGCGAUUUUGCCCCAGCUCUUCAUGAUCACCAAAACCGGCGAGGCUGAGACAAUCACCACCCAUUACCUCUUCUUCCUGGGGCUUUACCGGGCGCUGUAUCUAGCCAAUUGGAUUUGGCGGUACCACACAGAAGGCUUCUUUGAUCAGAUUGCUGUUGUGGCUGGUGUCGUGCAGACCAUCUUUUACUGUGAUUUCUUCUACCUCUACGUCACAAAAGUCUUGAAAGGAAAGAACCUGAGCCUCCCGUUACCUGUCUGAGAUCAAGCAACGCCUUGCAACCGACCAUAUUGCACAAGUACACAGUGUACAACUCGAAGAUAAAUGAGCUUUUACUGGAACUAAAUUUAAAUAUCACAGGAACUGAUGAAAUAAUAGGUGUUUUUCUGACCCCAACACUCCAUCCCUCUUCACAUCAACCACCCCCAUCCGAUCCUUCUUCCACAUCACCUCUGCUCCCCAUUUCCUCACCCCUUCACCCAGCACCCUCCCCUGUCCUUCUUCCCAUUAGCCCCUCCCCUUCAACUUUACCACUAUCUGCCCUGUUUCCCCCAAGGCCAUUUUCUUUCCCUGGUCAUUAAAUUCCACUUUCUUGGUUAAAUAAUCUUUCUGGUUUCACUUUUGUUUUUGCGCCUCCCUCAGAGUAAACUUGCACCAAAGAAGACAGCAUCUGUAACAAUUGCUCUCCAGUGUUAAAAUUGACAUCAGUCACAAGGGAGAUUAUAACCCCCUGUAAUCUGCCCCAUGAUCUCAUUGAACGGUGGGACAGGCACAAGGGAUUGAUCUAUGUUUCUGACACUGCCUCUGGAAAGUUGCAAAGGCUAGGGAUCAGGAAGCUGCUUCUGAGUAAUUCUGUCCAUUCUUGGCUUGGGUUAACCUUCCUUCUUGAUUAGUAAGGUUAUCAAUAGUUAUGGGGAGAAGGCAGGAGAAUGAGGUUGAGAAAUGGUAGAGCAGAGUCAAUCAGCCCAACGGCCUAAUUCUGCUCCUAUACCUUAAGGUCUGCUCCCUUAGCCCCUUUUAUUCGUGUUCACAGAUCUCCUCUCCUUAAUAUGGGCCAAUAUCUCCUAUAAAAAUGUCAAUAAACCUCAACAUAUUCACUCACAACAGGAUUGGGAUGUUUGAAUUAUCAUUGAUAUCCACAAGGCUCAAUAGUCACUGCCCUCUGAGAUGGUCAAACUGGCGAGUGUGAAAAAGAUCAGACUGGAGGAGGGGAAUGGAGAAUAUGAGGGAGUGAGGCAAUGAAUGAAGAGUGAGUUGGAGGAAGCCUAGGAGGGAAGACCUGAAUGGGAAGGAUUGACAGGAUGAGUUGGAUGAGGAAAUAAGGGAUGGGUUAAAGAGAGUUAAGAGAAUGAGUUGAGAGGAUGAAUUGGGAAGGAAAAGAUGGGUGGACUUGGGUUUAGUUUGGAGGGGGAGUGAGUUGAAGGUGAAUGAAGAUAGAAAUUGGGUCCUGCCGUAUUAAGCAGGCUUAUGGAAAGAUUAGAUCUUCUAUCCUGAAUACUUGGGUGGGGAUUUCUCCACAUGUCCAUUUUCCACACACACACACACCCACCCACCCCCAAAUCAUAAUAUGGCUUAAGCACAGCAUGUGGUUUUAAUGAUGACAGUCUGUGAAUUGUGCUAAUUGUUAUGGGCAGUUCAGACAGAUUAUUUUAAAUAUAACUAAAACUGAAGUUACUUCUUGUGACAUUUUUAAUAGUUUAGUUGCCUUUGUUUUGUAGAACAUAUGCUUUCAAAUUAGGAACAGAGGAAACCAGAUCCCAUUCCUCCUCCUCAUACCCAAAUAUCAUGUCACUUGUUCAAGGGACGUGGGUGUUGCUGGCUAGGUGACUGUUUAUUGCCUACGCUUAAUUGCACAGGAGAAAAUGGUGGUUACCUAUCUUCUUAAAUCACUACAGUCCAUCCACAAUGUUGUUAGUGAGGGAGUACCAAGAUUUUGGUCCAGUGACAUUGUAAGGAAGACAGUAUCUCCAAGUCAAAAUGGUGAGUGGCUUGGAGAAAAACGUGCAGUGGUUGUGUUUUUGGAAGGAGCUUUGGUGUGUAAUUGUACUGCAUCUUGUAGUUGGGACACACUGCUGCUGUUGUGCAAUGGUGAUGGAUGAGGUUUCAAUCAAGCAGCUACUUGGUCUGAGAUAGUUUUUGAAUGUUGUUGGAGUUGCACACAUUCCAGGCAUUCUCCUGGCUUAUCUCUUUUUAGGCUUUGGAGAUUAAGAUGGUGAGCUAUUUAUAAAAGAAUUCCUAGUUGCUGACCUGCUCUUGCAGCCAUGUUAUCGAUUUGGCAAAGCCAGUUCUGGUCAAUGUUAACCUCCAGGAUUUUGAAAAUGGAAAAGAUCAGUGAGUGUGGUAAUUGGAUUUUUGUCUGGUUGGAGAUGGUUAUUGCCUGCCGCUUGUGGUGCAAGCAUUUUCUUCCAUUCCAUUUCCCUUGUCUUGCUCGGCUCUUUGGUGUUAACGGCAGUCACUCUCACCUCACCUAUUUAGCUGUUUAGUCUUUAGACAAAGAUUGUAAUGAGGGAGAAGCUGUAUGGCCCUGGUGAAAUCCAAAUGGUGUUAAGUAGACUGGUAGAAAGUAAUUGGGCAGGUUAGCUUUGUUCUGUUGUGUGUGAUAAGGCUAGACCAAGAGCACGAUUUGAACCUCUGUAAUGAGCAGUGUCCUCAGCCUCUGCCUAACUAACCUAAUGACGUUUCCACUGGGUCCUUGUCUCCCUGCUUUACCAGCUGACCGUGAAUUGUUUCACAUCAGUUCCAGGAUUAAGACUCCUUCCUAACUAAGCUUUAAUAAUGCUUCUGUGUUCUGAUUUAUUUUAUACUCACUUUGCAUUUGGCAUAAAUUUAUCAAAUGUCUGUAAUAAAGGACUUCACUCAG